AUGCAGCUCCUUUUUACAGAAUCCAGUGCCAGCAAGCAAACCAAAGGAAAUGGAUCCGUGAUCAGUACUCAAAAGAGCUCCGCUCAGAAAAAGAGCGCUGCUUCUGAAGAAAAAUCCGAGUCCAGCGAGAGCAAGCAGACCAAAGGAAACGGAUCUGUGAUCAGUUCUCAGAAGAGCUCUGCUGAAAAGAAGAGUGCUGCUUCUCAACAAAAUUCCGAAUCCUCGAACAUCGUCAAGCAAGACAAGAAUGGCAGCAAGGUGACCAAAAAGAGCAGCAAGUCAAGCCAGAACAGUGGUCAGUCUCAGGAGAAAUCUGAUCAGUCCAAAUGGUCCAUCAAUAACGAGAAGACAGGCGAGACCGACGUGGAAGAGAGCCAGAAAAGACAAAAAUCACAAUCUCAGCAAAGCAGCCAAUCUUCUGAGAGCUCCGAAACUGUGGAGAAGGGACUUGACAAGGGCAACUCUGACGAAGCUGAUGUAGAUUUUGGUAGGGUACCGCAGAACUCACCAAUCUUCCAGCAGCUCUUCCAGCAGUUCUUCAAGCAGCUCUUCAUCAGAUUACAGCAAACACUCGCACCAAAAAGGCAGCAACCACAACAGCCGCAGCAACCACAACAGCCGCAGCAACCACAACAGCCACAGCAACCACAACAGCCGCAGCAACCACAACAUCCACAACAGCCGCAGCAACCACAACAGCCGCAGCAACCUGGACAACCAGGCCAGCCAGGACAACCAGGACAACCUGGACAACCAGGCCAUCCAGGACAACCGGGACAGCCAGGACAACCGGGACAGCCAGGACAACCAGGACCGCAUCCACAUAAACCUCUGCCAGGACAUCAUGGACAUCACGGUGGAGACCAUGGAGGAAAGCCACACAAACCAGGCAAGCCAGUAAAACCUGGUCAGCCAGGACAACCAGGAAAACCUGGACAACCGGGACAGCCAGGACAGCCACAACAACCGGGACAACCACAGCAGCCACAACAGCCGCAGCAACCACAACAGCCGCAGCAACCACAACAGCCGCAGCAACCUGGACAACCAGGCCAGCCAGGACAACCAGGACAACCUGGACAACCAGGCCAUCCAGGACAACCGGGACAGCCAGGACAACCGGGACAACCAGGACCGCAUCCACAUAAACCUCUGCCAGGACAUCAUGGACAUCACGGUGGAGACCAUGGAGGAAAGCCACACAAACCAGGCAAGCCAGUAAAACCUGGUCAGCCAGGACAACCAGGAAAACCUGGACAACCGGGACAGCCAGGACAGCCACAACAACCGGGACAACCACAACAGCCGCAGCAACCUGGACAACCAGGCCAGCCAGGACAACCAGAACAACCUGGACAACCAGGCCAGCCAGGGCAAUCGGGACAACCGGGACAACCUGGACAGCCAGAACAGCCACAACAACCGGGACAACCACAGCAGCCACAACAGCCGCAGCAACCACAACAGCCGCAGCAACCUGGACAACCAGGCCAGCCAGGACAACCAGGACAACCUGGACAACCAGGCCAUCCAGGACAACCGGGACAGCCAGGACAACCGGGACAGCCAGGACAACCAGGACCGCAUCCACAUAAACCUCUGCCAGGACAUCAUGGACAUCACGGUGGAGACCAUGGAGGAAAGCCACACAAACCAGGCAAGCCAGUAAAACCUGGUCAGCCAGGACAACCAGGAAAACCUGGACAACCGGGACAGCCAGGACAGCCACAACAACCGGGACAACCACAGCAGCCACAACAGCCGCAGAAACCACAACAGCCGCAGCAACCACAACAGCCGCAGCAACCUGGACAACCAGGCCAGCCAGGACAACCAGGACAACCUGGACAACCAGGCCAUCCAGGACAACCGGGACAGCCAGGACAACCGGGACAACCAGGACCGCAUCCACAUAAACCUCGUCCAGGACAUCAUGGACAUCACGGUGGAGACCAUGGAGGAAAGCCACACAAACCAGGCAAGCCAGUAAAACCUGGUCAGCCAGGACAACCAGGAAAACCUGGACAACCGGGACAGCCAGGACAGCCACAACAACCGGGACAACCACAACAGCCGCAGCAACCUGGACAACCAGGCCAGCCAGGACAACCAGGACAACCUGGACAACCAGGCCAUCCAGGACAACCGGGACAGCCAGGACAACCGGGACAGCCAGGACAACCAGGACCGCAUCCACAUAAACCUCUGCCAGGACAUCAUGGACAUCACGGUGGACACCAUGGAGAAAAGCCACACAAACCAGGCAAGCCAGUAAAACCUGGUCAGCCAGGACAACCAGGAAAACCUGGGCAACCGGGACAGCCUGGGCAGCCGCAGCAACCACAACAGCCACAGCAACCACAACAGCCACAGCAACCACAACAGCCACAUCAACCACAACAGCCACAACAUCCACAACAGCCGCAGCAACCACAGAAUCCACAACAGCCGCAAUAUAUUCCCUGUCGUCCACAGAUCCUGAGUGCGCAAGCAGCACCGAACGAUUUAUUCGACGAUGACUCAUCGAGCUGGAGCUCGGGGUCUUCAGACGGCGGUGCAUCGUCGGUGGUCAAGUCUUCCAAACGCAGCAGUGACGCACAGCAGAGCUCUCUGAGUCAAGAUGAAUCGUCCGCGUUACUGAGCGGCGGCGGAACGUCUACGAUCAUCAAGAAGAGCUCGAAAUCGGCGAAAUCUGCACAGCAAUCAGCAAACGAUGAGUCCAGCUUCAGUCAGCUCAAAAAAGGCGGCAUUGUCAUAACUUCCGAGAAAAGUAAAUCCGACAAGAAGAGUGCUGCCGCCGAGCUGCAAGCCGAAACCUCGGACAUCAUCACGCAAGGCCCGGACGGCACCAGAGUGACGAAGCACAACAGCCGAGAGAGCCAACAGAGUGCUGAGGCGGAGCAUAAAAAUGCUAAAUCCAAAUGGUCCAUCAUUAAUGAAGAUAACGGUGAAACCGUUGUGGAAGAGAACGAGUCUAGCGAGAGUUCGGAAGAACAGCAACGCAGCGAGAAAUCCGAGAGUUCUACCAUCAUUGAGAAGGGACUCGACGAAAGUACCGAGGAUGAGGCUGAUGUAGAUAUGGAGAACCAGGAGUACGACAUUAUAACUAAAGAAAAGGACGGCAUAGUUACCAUGGAACUUGUGCCGAGCUACAUGUCUGAAUAUGAGGUUUGA